AUGGUCAAGGGUGAUUGCUGGCUCAUUGAGGGGGACAAAGGCUAUGUGUGGCUGGCUAUCUGCAGUCAGAACCAGCCUCCAUAUGAGACCAUCCCACAGCACAUCAACAAUACCGUCCACGACUUGAGGCUCAAUGAGAACAAGCUGAAGGCUGUGCUGUUCACCUCCAUGUACCGCUUCACCAAUCUGACGGACCUCAACCUCACCAAAAAUGAGAUCAGCUACAUCGAGGAUGGGGCUUUUGCUGGACAAGCCAACCUACAGGUUCUUCAACUGGGAUACAACAAGCUGACCAACCUGACUGAAGGCAUGAUGAGAGGGUUAGGCCGCAUGCAGUGCCUCUUUCUCCAGCACAACCUCAUCGAGGUUAUUGCCAGCAAUGCAUUCUGGGAGUGCCCCAGCCUCAGCAGUAUGGACCUGUCUUCCAACAAACUUGCUCGCAUUGAUCCAUCCACCUUCACAGUUCUCAGUCGAUUGAUGGUGUGCGAACUGGCAGCAAACCCAUUCCACUGUGGGUGUGAUCUUUAUAGCUUCUUAACUUGGUUGGAGUCCUUCAACAAUGUCACACACACCUAUGACCGACUCCAGUGUGAGACCCCUCGGGAGAUGUUUGGAUACCCUUUACUGAGUCCCAUCGCAGCUGGUCACGCUGGUCGGAAUGCCAAGAACAUCCUGUCAUCUGUCUGUCGAGAUGGAGUGUUGAUUCCAGGAAUGACCUCUCUCCCACCGGAUCUGGAUGGCCCUUCUGGGAUUGGACCAGAGAUGUUUGGUGGUGUGGGGCCCUACCAUCAACCCACCACUUCAUCCUCAUCCUCUGAAAACAGUUUCAUCCCCAGUAUCAAGCUCCACCAUGUCUCCUUAUCCUCAGCAUCUCUCCUGGUGCAGAUUCCCAGACCCUUCAGCAAAAUGUAUAUUCUGACACAGUACAAUCAAACCUACGUGUCUGAUGUAAUGAAUCUGAAGAAUAAGAAGGAGAUGAUCACCCUCAACAAACUCAAGCCCCACACCAACUAUACCUUUUGCGUUGCCUCUAUCCGCAACUCCCAGCGCUACAACCACACAUGUAUCCAGUUUGCCACACGGGCCCAAAACCCAGAUGACAUGCUUCACACACCCUCCACUACUACCCACUACAUAAUGACUAUUGUGGGGUGCCUGUUCGGUAUGCUCAUUGUCCUGGGUUUAGUCUAUUACUGUCUUCGUAAGAAACGGAUGCAUGAUGAGAAGCAAAAGUCCAUCUGUGUCAAGAAAACCAUCUUGGAAAUGCGUUAUGGACCAGAGGUGGCAGCAGCAGUGGCAAAUGAUCCAUCAGCUGUCCACAAGCUUCAGGAGCAGUCCAGAGAACACCAUCAGUACCAACAUCACCAUGGAGGUAAGCUGCCCAUGUCCACCUCCUCCAGUUCAGGCAUGCUCCAUUCAGCCAAUACCAGCUCCUCCAGACUAUCCUCUAUACCGCAAGUGGAGAAGCUGGCCACAGCUUUUUCAGAGGCCAUGACAACUAGUAAAGGUAACUACAUGGAUGUAAGGACUGGGGGAUCUGGGGUGGAGAGGUUGGGGGAUGGAGGGCUAAGGGGGGAAGACUUGAGGGAGGAUGAUGGAACUGAUGUUGGGGAUGAUUCAGAUGACGACGGACGGGGCUCUGCAUCAGAGAUCUCCACCAUUGCCAUGGAGGUAGACAAGGUCAACCAGAUCAUCAACAACUGCAUUGAUGCCCUGAAGCUGGAUGCAGCUGCAGUCGCUGCUUCGGGGGCCUCCAGUAACACUGCUGCUUCCUCCAAUCCGACUUCCCCUCCUCCCACCAGCACCUCUUCCCUUACCCGCGGCCUGAUUCCACUAUCCCAAGGAGGGACGGAGACAUGCCAGAUCAUUCCUUCCAACAAGAUUCCUUCCCCCCCUCCACUUCCUGCCUUUAACGCCCCUCUAUCUGAACGCCCUGGGAUCAGUGGUGGUGGCUUUGUGGUCACUCCCCCCUACCGGCCCCCUCCCCCAGCCACAGCUGUACGUCCCAUUCAGCGACAGAUGAGUGCAGAUGCUGCUGUGGUGAUUGUCAACACUGUCAAAAAACAAAGCAGCACCACCUCUUGUGGAUCCAUGGGUCGAGAUCGGGAUCGUGGAGGUUCUAGAGUUUACAGUCUGGAUGUCCCUGAACCAAGGAGCCCAGAUGCUUGCAAUCAACAGCAGCAGUACUCCGAUCGAGCUAGCCCUGUGGGUUGCGGUGAGCCUCUGGAGAGGCUGCCUCUAGUGGGGAGUGGGAGCUGUGGAGGAGGGGGUGGUGGUGGUUGCGACAGUGGUGGUGGUCAGCAGCAGCAGCAGCAGCAGCAGCUGGAGGUGCAGCAGGACUACCACUGCUCGGAGCACCGCCACUCCGUCCCAGCACUCUACUAUGAAGGCUCCCACCAGGGCUCCCCAGCCCAAAGGGUUUCCUUCCUGAAGCCCCUAACACGCUCUCGCAGGGAUGCAGCAUCCUACUCUCAGCUUUCACCUGCCCGCCACCAUUCCAGCUACUCUGGCUACUCCUCUAGCCCAGAGUAUUCCUCAGAGAGCUCACUUCGGAUCUGGGAACGCUUCCGGCCAUACCGCAAGGGCCAGCGCGAUGAGUCAUGUUAUGUGACGGCUGGAAAUGCCCUGCGCAAAAAAGUGCAGUUUGCCAAAGGGGAGGACCUGCACGAUAUCCUCGACUAUUGGAAAGGUGUGUCAGCACAGCAGAAGCUGUAA